GGCUUUCGCCUUGCUCCUUGGUCUCUCCACCUCCAUGAAAGUGCUUAGGAAAACCCACCGCAGGACUUAGAAGCAGAGUAGAAAUCGUAUUAUUGAGACGCUUCUUGUUGAAAAAGUUGAUACCAGUCAAGAAUCUCUUAAAUUGUACACUGAAAAGCCAGAAUGGAGCUAUCAAUGCCCCCACCUCAGAUCUAUGUAGAAAAGACUCUGGCCAUUAUCAAACCAGAUAUUGUUGACAAAGAGGAGGAGAUACAAGAUAUUAUUCUCAGAUCUGGAUUCACCAUUGUUCAGAGAAGAAAACUGCGUCUCAGCCCUGAGCACUGUAGUAACUUUUAUGUGGAACAGUAUGGGAAAAUGUUUUUCCCCAAUUUAACAGCUUACAUGAGUUCUGGACCACUUGUUGCCAUGAUAUUAGCUAGAUUUAAAGCCAUCUCUUACUGGAAAGAACUCUUGGGACCAAGUAAUAGCUUAGUAGCUAAGGAGACACACCCAGACAGUCUAAGGGCAAUUUAUGGCACAGAUGAGCUAAGGAAUGCACUUCAUGGAAGUAAUGAUUUUGCUGCAGCAGAAAGAGAAAUGCGAUUCAUGUUUCCUGCAGUGAUUGUUGAGCCCAUUCCAGUUGGACAAGCUGCUAAGGACUAUUUAAAUGUGCACGUAAUGCCAACUCUGCUUAAAGGACUUUCAGAGCUUUGUAAGCAAAAACCAGCAGAUCCUUUUAUUUGGCUGGCUGAUUGGUUGCUGAAAAAUAAUCCCAACAAACCCAAACUUUGUCAUCAUCCAGUUGCAGAAGAACCUUAUUAAAAUAAAGCUCUCAAAGAACAAAUCACG